GGCCGCGCUCCUGCGCCGGGGACUCGCAGCGGCGGCAGCGGGGCUUGGGAGCGCCGCGGUGGGAACAGCGGUGGCUGGCGCCGCUUCACUUCCCCCGCUCCGUUCCUUCUCCUCCGCCGUGGGUUGCGCGUCGGCGCAAGUCCCGCGCCCGGCGUUCCUCCUUCUCCUUCGGCCGCCGCGGCGCGUACUGCAGACCGCACAACGGGAGAGGGACGAUUUGACGCUGCGACCUCCCGCCCCCCCCCCCCCCCCCGUUUUGAUUUAUUUUAUUUUUUAUUUUUGUUAUCAUUAUUGUCCGCCCCUGUAUCUUUCCUUGCUCCGCUCCGUGGUCUUCGCUGGCGACAAGGACAGCAGUGCCCCUCGGGAAGCCGGAGCCCUGCGGAUGCGCCUCCCCGGGACUGGGGGAGCUGACUCGGAGUGGAUUUAUUGACUCGCGGUUGCUUCCGAGCUGCCCGAAACAGCCCGGGCUGGUGCCCGUGCGGAUUGCAAACUGCGGGGAGCAGUGAGAGACAUACAGGAGGAGCCGCCCGCCGAAGCUGUGUCCUUUUCCCCCCGACCCUUUUAUUUCUCCCGCCACCCUUUAUUUUACCUUUUUUUAAUUUAUUUUUUGUUUUACUCCUUUUCACGCGGGCCUUAGACACUGUGAACGCGUAUGGCGCUCUGGAUCCAAAUGGGAGUUGGCAGUUUGAGUGGCAUCUUCCAAGGCAAGCGGGAGACCCCCGCUAAGAGGAAGGACUGAGGCGCUUGCAUUUCUUUUUGCUAUUGCUGUUACUUCGGAGGUAGCUUGGAUCUGACCUCAGAGGAGAUAUUCCUACAUGCGAGUGGCAUACAUGACUCAGUAGAUCUGCCUGCAGCUCUUGCCAAGUGCAUCGUCGACUCUUACUGUGUGAUUUUUUUUUUAUUAUUUUUUUUUUUUUACUAUUCUUUUUUUCCCCUAUCAAUCAUCCCGGCUGUUGGGAUACCGGGCACCCACCCUGCUGUUGCUGCUCAGGUGCGUGGGAAGGCGCACGGCGGAGUUGGCGAGGCUCCGGGGAGGGACUCGGUGCCGCCUGCGACCAUGGCAGCGCGGAGGCGAGAUGCCUCCGCCUGGAAGUACUGCUGGGGAGCCGUGAUGGUUUUAUGCAGAACUGCACUGGCGCGGUCCAUCGUUUUAGACCCCAUAUAUUGGAAUUCCUCUAACCCCAAAUUCCUUCCUGGACAAGGAUUGGUACUAUAUCCACAGAUAGGAGACAAACUGGAUAUUAUAUGCCCAAAGGUGGACUCUAAAACUAUUGGCCAAUAUGAAUAUUAUAAAGUCUACAUGGUUGAUAAAGACCAAGCAGAUAGCUGUGCUAUUAAAAAGGACAAUACACCUCUACUUAACUGUGCCAAGCCAGAUCAAGAUGUUAAGUUUACCAUCAAGUUUCAAGAGUUCAGUCCUAAUCUCUGGGGCCUGGAAUUUCAGAAGAACAAAGAUUAUUACGUCAUAUCAACAUCAAAUGGGUCUUUGGAGGGCCUGGAUAACCAGGAGGGAGGGGUGUGCCAGACAAAAACCAUGAAGAUCCUCAUGAAAGUUGGACAAGAUCCCAACUCGGCAGGGCAGCCCCGGCACACGGACCCCACCAAGCGCCCCGAGCAGGAGGCUGGCACCAACGGGAAGAGUUCCACCACCAGCCCCUUUGUGAAGGACCACUCAGGAUCUAGCACAGAUGGCAGUAAGGCUGGGCAUUCCAGUAUACUGGGUUCAGAGGUGGCCUUAUUUGCAGGGAUUGCAUCAGGGUGCAUCAUUUUCAUCGUCAUCAUCAUCACUUUGGUGGUUCUUUUGUUGAAGUACCGGAGAAGACACAGGAAGCAUUCCCCGCAACACACGACAACUCUGUCACUUAGUACAUUAGCCACCCCAAAACGCAGUGGCAACAACAAUGGUUCUGAGCCCAGUGACAUUAUCAUUCCUCUAAGGACUGCAGACAGUGUCUUUUGCCCCCACUAUGAAAAGGUCAGCGGCGACUAUGGACAUCCGGUGUACAUAGUUCAAGAGAUGCCUCCUCAGAGUCCAGCAAACAUUUAUUACAAGGUCUGAGAAACACACAACCAGCUCUGUGGUACAGUUGAGUCGUAGAGGAAACUCACUGGUCAAAUGCUUUCUGUUGGGGUUUGUGAUGACGCCUUGUGUGCUAGCAUUGACUUAAGCACAGGGGGGAGAAGGCAACAGCUCUUUCUCCAGGAACCGACGCGAGCUGGACAGCUUACCUAGUCUGUAGAAUUCCUAUCUCGGUGAAUAAGUAUUCACUAAAAGCUGGAAGACUUUUAUGUAGAAGAUGCCCAUUCUGAUUGCUGUACUCUUGUUACAUUCAUCAUCCUCAAAGCCAUGUGCCGUGGGCAUUCAGGCAUGUACAAAAGCCAAGGGAAGAUGGAGCAAUCCGUGGAUGUUAAUAGCUCUAGGCAUCCUGGGAAGGUGCUCUAGGAUAUAUCAAGCUUGAAAUGCAAUCUUCUGACUUUUGUGUGUCUCUCUCAGUGCGUACUGGAUUUGUCACACAGACCUUGGUGUCUAAGUAAGACUUGUUAAAGUUCUCUUGCUUUUAGUCCGUCACUGUUCCAUUUGUUUCUGUUAUCCGGGGCUCUGCCAUCCUUCACAUAAGAUUUCCUUUCACUCCACCUCCUGAAUCACUAAUGGAACAUUAAUGUUUGGAGAUCCGCACUCCAUCCAUCUGCUACAGCAGCCUCACUCGAAUGGGUAAUGCAUUUAUAAAAAUUGUGUUUGAUAGUAAGGAGCCUUCCAGCCAAAAAGUUAGGUUGUCAACAAAGUCAAGAGCAGGACUGGGUGGUAGAGGGAAGGGCUGAUUGAAGUUGCAGUUGAACACUGCUGCCUCAAAAAUAGAAGCUGGGAAGAAAAAAAAAUGCAUUUAGGUAGCACAGCACUUUGGUAUGCUAAGUUUUAAGAGGCAAAUAGGAAACACAAUAACAUGCGCAGUGGAUUAAGGCUGCAUUUGAAGGAAUUCAUGGUUAUCAAGUACCAGUGUGCAGAAUAAAAAAGUACCUUCAAUACAGUAGAACAAAGGGGUAUUGUUAGUAAGUGAACAAGCCUGGAGAAGACAAGACAAUAGCAGGCCGCUGAGGAUGUAUUAGGGCAGGGCUGUUGUGGUACUGGCAAUAAAAUACACAGCUUUGAAGCUGUAGCAAAAACGUAGUCUGCUUUGGAUGCCUUUUAAGCAGACUCAGCUGCUAUACUAUCACAUUAUACUAAACACAGGGAAAGCAUUUAAGAAAACAGCUGAGGGCCAAGUGACCAAGAUGAUUAUAAGCCAGUGGGUCAAGUGAGCUAUAAUUCUAUCACUGAUAAAGUUGUGGGGGAAAAAAAACCAAAACAACAAACCACAGAACCUUGAUCAUCUCUAAAAGUAAGGCGGAAUGUCUUUGUGACUGACCCUUUUGGCACUUUGGCUUAUUGUAGUGCUGUCCCUGCACAGUGAGUGUAGGUACUGGCUGACACAGCAGUUCAUUGGUGCUCUGUUGCAAAGUUAAAGCACAUAUGGCAAACCUCUGGCAGUCCAUAAGAGUAAAAUAAAUUAUGACACUGAGAUGGAGAAGGAAAAUAUGUCUUAUUUAUAAUAGGUGUAUAGAACACAAGGGAUAUAAAGUGAGAGUUUUUCUUUUGUUCGUUCUUUCUUACUUUUGGUUUGGAUUUUUUUACUAAUAUAUAUUUUGAGAUUGCACAGAAUCUAUACCAGAAGAUGUGAAAUUCAUUUGCGGCAAUUGCAUAGUCUUAACUUGUCAUCAUUUUCCACAUAUGUGUGUGUGUGUCUGUGUAUAUACACACACAUAUAAGUCUAUAUAUGCAUAUGUAUGUAUAUAUAUGUAUGCAUAUGCACACAUUAUUUUUUUUUAAAUAAAAUACUUCUGGAAAACAAAAAUCAGCUAUCCCAACACCACCAGUGGGAGCGUAGUUAAAAAAAAAAAUUCCAAAGCAUCUUGUAAGAGAAAAGUAGAAAAUAUAAGGUCCAAAAAUAUCAGGAAUUCAGUGUUACUGCAUCACAUAUUUAGCAGCAACAAGAUGUGCCGGCAUUUAUUUUCUGUGUUGUGUUUUCCCUUGCCUUACAGGCUGAUGUGUUCUGUAGAUUUUGUUGAGGUUCGUAGAGAGGGGUUUCAGGUUAAAGUUUUCUCUUUAGCAUGGCUAUUCCCCUAAAGCUCCCACCCUAGGGAGGAAAUAAAAAAAAAAAAAAACUCUACUUUUAUAUGUGCUAUGCAAAUAGACAUUUCUAACAUAGUCAUGUUACUAUGGUAACACUUUGCUUUCUGAUUUGGAAAGAAAAUGUAGCAACAGCAUUUUAGGGUUCUCAGACCUCCGGUGAGCACCUGCAAGGAAAAAAAAAAAAAAAAAAAAAAACAAAAAAGGAAAAAAAAAUAAAGAAAAGAAAAAGAUCUGUCAUAGAAAUUAUCACUCUUUGUUUUCUGAACCUGAAGAUAAUGUUGGGAUGUUGGUCCAAAAGAGAGAAACAAAAAACAAAAAAAAUUCCAACCCAUGGUUCUGUGGAAGGUUACCAUGGUGACUAACUACAGUACAUAUGUAAUUCUUUUCAACAACCCUUCUUUUCUAUGAAUCCAUCCAUACAAGGUUCUCUUGUAAGUCAUUAAGAUUUUAUUUUGGGGGAGGGGGAGGAAGGGAAAAGAUGGGUUUACUGAUCCUUAUUU